CCAAACUGGAGUUCAAAACAAAGACGGCGUAUUAUUUUGCAAAUAUCACGUAGAUAAGGUAUAGAUUUUACUUAUUAAUUGUAGAACUACUGCGCAAAACCAAAAUGGAAACAACAGUGGAAACCCAGGCUCCGGCUCCGGCUCCGGCUUCCGAGAAUGUGGAGGAUGUGGAAUUCGUGGACAUGGCGUUCACAAAGGAGUUGCGUAAAGCCACAAAAGAUGUGCAUAAUCUAACAGAUGUACUGGUUAACGCAAAGUUCGCUCUUGCCCUUUCGGAUGACGAGGUGUGGUACGACGGGCUUUUGGCUUUCUAUGAGCUGUAUAAAUUCUUCGAGACCCAUUUGCCGGAACGUCUGCUGCCCAAGGAAUUCUAUAGAACAGCAGCGUUCGAGAGGGAUUUCGACUACUUUUACGGGUCGAAUUGGAGGGAUUCCUACGAACCACGACCGGCGGUCAAGAAGUAUCUGGAGCACCUCGAGAAGAUUGCCGCCCAGAAUGAGCUGCUGCUCUUUGCCUACUCCUACCAGAUGUACAUGGCCCUAAUGUCCGGCGGACAAAUGUUGCAGAAGAAGCGAAUGAUCGCACGCAAGCUCUGGAUAUUUUCCAAGAGCGAUGAUGAGGAGCAACAGAAACAGGCUGACAAGGAGGCCGACGUGGCGACCGCCAGGGCUGCCGAUGCUUCUUUGAACAAAGACGACUUGGAGGCAAGGCCAAUGCCCGCCCAAGUCACCAUUUGUCCCCCUGGCUGCGAGGCAACAUAUUUUCCCGAAAAGAUCUCUGUACUGAAGGCCAAGCUCAGGCGUGUUUUUAACAAUCAUUAUGGAGCUUUUGACGAUGAUCUGCGUGCUGCUUUCAUCGAAGAGAGUCGCAACGUAUUCCGCUUCAAUAUAGAAGUAGUGCGGACAAUCAAGGGCGUAAAUCGUGCCAAUCUUAGGAAGCUGGCUUUAGCUGUGAUUUUCGUUUCUAGUAUUGUUUUGGCCGUUAAGUUCGCCCUUAAGUAAGACAAGUUGCGAAAAGAUUAAUGUUAGCUUUACCUCCCUCUGAUAGGUUAAAAUUGUGAUCACACAUUUAUUUAGUCGUUUGUUAAAACAGUAACAAUUUCCUAUGUACUGCUGAUUUAUAAAUGUUAUUUUAUUGCUUCA